CGGGGCGGGGCUCUGUGAUGUCACCGUCCCCACGCUGCGCUGCUGUUUUUGUGUCCCCAGCUCCUGGAAAAGCCUCCGGGAUCUCUCCACCUGGCCAUCCCCUAGAUCCAAGCCAGGGCACACCAGAUCCUUCCGGAGCGUGUGGCCGAGCAGUGUCGCGAAGGGAGCUGACAUUGCUGAAGCGACUCCUAACGAAGUGAAAUUGGCAGAAGGCAGCCGGACGCGAGAGCCCAAUCUUCAGCGAGCGAGGCCGGCCCCGCGCGGGGGUCACAGAAGCCCUGCGGUCCAUCAUGAAGUUCCAGUACAAGGAAGACCACCCCUUUGAGUAUCGGAAAAAGGAAGGAGAAAAGAUCCGGAAGAAAUACCCGGACAGGGUCCCUGUGAUUGUGGAGAAGGCUCCCAAAGCCAGAGUGCCCGAUCUGGACAAGAGGAAGUACCUAGUGCCCUCUGACCUCACGGUUGGCCAGUUCUACUUCUUAAUCCGGAAGAGGAUCCACCUGAGACCUGAGGACGCCUUAUUCUUCUUUGUCAACAACACUAUCCCUCCCACGAGUGCUACCAUGGGCCAGCUGUAUGAGGACAACCACGAGGAGGACUAUUUUCUGUAUGUGGCCUACAGUGAUGAGAGUGUCUAUGGGAAGUGAGUGGUGGAGCCCAGCAGACGGGAGCACCUGGACUUGGGGGUAGGGGAGGGCUGUGUGUGGGACUUGGGGUAAGCGAGGAGGAGACCGAAGGCGAAGACAUCUGGAAACAUUACAUCGCACACACCGUCAUCAUCUUUUCAUACGCUCAACUGAUAUUUCUUGCUGCUUCCUCGGCCUAGGGAGAAACGCGACGGGACAUAGCUGUUGGACUGGCUUUGAUGGAAGAAUGGGGAUAACAGAAUUUCAUAGCAUUACUGGGAAUUCAUUUUUGUGCUGUGUCAUAGAAGGUGGGCAAGUUGGAGCCAGAGAUGAUUGAAGUCCAGCAGCAAACUCCCUGCUCUCCCUUCUCUUUGGGCAGAGAUUCUACUUUUUGACAUUUGCACAAGACAGGUAGGGGAAGGGGACAAGAUGUGUUUUAGGACUUAUGCUAGUGGACCAUUCUGGGGACCAAAAGAGAUGCACUAUAACUGAAGCCAUGUGGUCCCCGAUCUGCCCUAUCUCCAUUCCACCCCCAUCCCAGGCGCAAACUCGCACGCACACGCCACAGGUACCGUCCCAGUGGUGGCGGUCGACAUUGCCAUUUAGAUGCAGCUCUCUUACCUUUGGAAGCUAGGACGCAGGCACGAAGGUGGUCACGGUGACAAAGAUAGUUUUUGAUAGGAUUAAACUGGAGCCGGCUGAGUGUUGAGCAUCUCUGUCUAACCUGCUCUCUCUGGCAUCCCUUAUCCCACACCUACCUUGGCAUUUCACGAGCCUCAGGCAUUCUCAAUUGCAGGGUAGAACCGCUCCUCCGACAUUUCCCAUGCACAGGGACAGAGAUGUCUUACAUGUGGAAGGGGCAGGAAUGAGGUAAGACCAAAGUCUCCACCUGCCACUCACCCAGACUCUUGCCCCCUUGCUGCCAUCCCCUCCGUCUCACAUGCACAGGAAGACUAAGUGGUGGCCAGCUGCUCCCUCCUCUGGUUUUCAUCCACCGCAGCUGCUAGUUAGCAAAGUUUGGAGGAACGCCUUUUAAUGAAUCAUGGGGAGUUUAUUGAUUUAUUUUCACUUUAGGGGUUCUGUGGGGUGGGGGUGGGUAGGAGGACUUGCACUCAGACAUGACAUUUCAAUUCAUCUCACUAAUGAGAAGGGCCUUCCGGUUGGAAGAAAUCUGUGUGUCAGCGCUGUCAGCUGAGGGUUCUCGUGUAAUGAAAUCAGUGCUGUGAGGACAAGGAAAUAAAUUGCGUACCUUAAAACCCAGA